AUGAUUUCACAAGACACAGCAUACGGUACUUCCAAAAUGAAACUCGAAAGUGGAGUGGAACUAGUGAUUCCAAAGCCAAUACGAAAAUUGAUCCCAGCUCGAAUCAUCGCACAGUACUUGACGAUUUGUGACGAAAGUGGUUUUAAACCGGCCAGUACAAGAACUUUGUUUAGAAUUCUUGAAGUCUGCCCAGCUUCGACAAGAAAAUCUCUUCAAGGUCUGGACAACUACACGGCGGAAGGAUCAGAGGCAUUCGAAAAUUUAGAAGAAAUUAUCAGCAAGCUCUAUGACGGAGGGAUGCCCGAUUGUAAGGCUGACAGGCUGCGUUCAAUGGCCUUGUCCUGCAAACGUUACCUAAAGCAGGAGUACAGCACACAUGUCGUGAACGAUUCAACGAGUGACAUUUCCUCUGCGUCUCCUGACCAUUGUCGAUUCUUUGCACUAAGUGACCCCAAGGAAGAACAACUUAUACAGAGCUGUUUACAUAGCCACUUAAUCGAGUGUGAUAGAUGCCAGGAACUACGUGAUCUAUUUCUCUCUUUAGAGGAGGAAAUAGGAAAGAUUUCUGAGCGGUGCCCCAUGGCUAGUGACGACAUAUGUGAUCUUCGUUUCCUGCUGGAUGACAGUAAAGACAAGAUAGAACAAUGGAAAGCUCACAUUUUGAGAAGUGUGAAUCAAGAAGAGGGAAAGAAGGAAGUCCUCGAUAAGUUAGAACCUACUGAAGCCCUUUUGGUGGACGAUUGGGCGAUGAAAUUUUUGCCACUGCACUUCAGGGAAAAAUCAGCCGAGUUAAGGUUAAGGUUAAAGGUUAAGGUAGUACAGGCCUUUCCGGAAGCAUGCCUUUCCAGCGGAACAAUUGCAAGGAGUUCAAACACAAUGAAGAGGAAAAGGCCACACCUACAGGUACUGAAAACGUUGAAAGUGAUGCAUUAUUUGAGUGUCCUACUGACGGGUGCACUUGCUCUUUUGAUUCUGAAACAGUGCUCCAGAGGCACCUGGAUGUCGGAAAUCACGUCCGUCGCUUACACAGAGAGUCUCAGUUUGACUACAUAAGGCGUCGCUAUGCUGAUGUGGUAAAUGACGUACUAUCAAAGCCACUUUUCGGGGCUAAUUAUCCAAGUGAGUCUGAGCAGAGUGGAAAGAGGGUUAGCAAUAUCACCAUGGGAUGGGCAUUAAAAAAGCACAAGUCUACACGUUUUUCUACAGCUGUUAAAGCGUAUCUAAAUGACAAAUUCCUUAUUGGCGAGGAAACGGGAAAUAAGGCAUCGCCAACUCAAGUUGCUCGGGAAAUGCACAGAGUACGAGAUGAUAAGGGUAAUCGUCUAUUUGUCGGAGGUGAAUGUCUCAGUUCUCAACAGAUUGCAGCAUACUUUUCUCGUCUUGCAGCAACAAAGAAGAAACACGGUUCUUUAAACGCAGCUGCCAGUUCGGACGAGGUAGAAGAAUUUUUGGCUGAAGAACAAAUGCAGGAACACGAAGAGGACAUUUCACUUAGAAAGAAGGUGGUAUUCGGCAAUCUGCAGUUGGAGCAUCCCAUCACUUACAAGUCCUACAACCUGUGCAAGUUAGCUGCAGACGGAAAAUUAACAAAGAAAUUUAGCAUUGCUGAUCUAAAAGACAUCUGUGACUCACUUGACAUUGAAACUGAGGACUUUAAGCGCCGUAAAGCUCCGUAUAAAGAUGUUUUAACAAAUGUGUUAAGCAGUUGUACUUGCAAUAAGAAGUAG